CAGAGCUAGAAGAUUUUGUCCUUUGAGAAGCAAUGAAUCCACCACCAUCCUACACCUCUAAUGGUUUCCAAGACAAAGCGGAUAACUUUGGCUUCAUCAACCAGGUCCCUCCACCUCCUUCAUACUACACCCCAACAGGGCCAACGGUAGCUGAACCAGGUGCUUACCCCCCGGUGGUCACUACUUCCCAGUACGUGGUGGCCAUGCCUCAGCCUGCUCACAGGGACUACAUGGGCCUCUCCAUGCUGAAUAUUUUUCUGUGCUGCUUUCCCCUUGGGAUUAUUGCCCUCCUGUUCUCUUCCAAGUCGCGGGAUUCGCUACGCCGAGGAGACACACGGCAGGCUGCCGAAUACUCCGCCACCGCGCUGAGGCUGAACAUCGCCGGCAUUGUCAUCGGCUGCUGUGGCAACAUCGCCUGGAUUGCAUACAUUAUUUACCACUAUACCACCUCCAAGAACUUGUAUUCCAACAACUUGUACGGUUAG